CGCACCGAGAAACAGAGCAGAGACGCACAGCUGGUUUCCCAAAAAGUGCGCGCUGGGGAGGCAGAGGGGGAGCAGAGAGGACUGAGGAAACAUGACAGUGGUGCCCGCAGAGAACCUGGAUGAGACUGUGGCACUGGCCGCGCUGUCAGCCCAGGAUGUGUACGAUCCGGAGCGCGUGGAGAACCAGGAGUGCUGCGAGCGCGUGGUCAUCAACAUCUCCGGGCUGCGCUUCGAGACGCAGCUCAAGACUCUGGCUCAGUUCCCCUGCACGCUGCUGGGGGACCCGAGGAAGAGGAUGCGCUUCUUUGACCCGCUGAGGAACGAGUACUUCUUCGACAGGAACAGACCCAGCUUCGACGCCAUCCUCUACUACUACCAGUCCGGGGGGAGGCUGCGCAGACCCGUCAACGUGCCCGUGGACAUCUUCAUGGAGGAGAUCAAAUUCUACGAGCUGGGGGAGGAGGUGAUCGAGAAUUUUAAGGAGGAUGAGGGCUUCAUUAAGGAGGAGGAGCGGCCGCUGCCCGAGAACGAGUUCCAGCGACAGGUCUGGCUCCUGUUUGAGUACCCAGAGAGUUCUGGACCUGCUCGGGGCAUCGCCAUCGUCUCCGUCCUCGUCAUCCUCAUCUCCAUCGUCAUCUUCUGCUUGGAGACUUUACCAGAGUUCAGAGAAGAAGCCAGACCGUUUGACGAGCAUCUUCCACUGAACGGAACCACACGUGCAAAGAAGCCAAACCCGUUCACGGACCCGUUCUUCAUCGUGGAGACUCUGUGCAUCAUCUGGUUCUCCUUCGAGCUUCUGGUCCGGUUCCUGGCGUGCCCCAGUAAGCCUGCCUUCUUCAAGAACAUCAUGAACACAAUUGACAUCGUUGCCAUCAUGCCCUACUUCAUCACACUGGGGCUGGAGCUGGCGGAGCACCAGGGGAACGGACAGCAGGCCAUGUCUCUGGCCAUCCUCAGGGUCAUCCGCUUGGUCCGGGUUUUCCGGAUCUUUAAGCUCUCCAGACACUCAAAGGGUCUGCAGAUUCUUGGGAAGACCCUGCAGGCCAGUAUGAGGGAGCUGGGACUGCUCAUCUUCUUCCUCUUCAUUGGAGUCAUCCUCUUCUCCAGUGCUGUCUACUUCGCCGAGACGGACGACCCGGAGUCUAGCUUUAGCAGCAUCCCUGAUGCAUUCUGGUGGGCCGUGGUUUCAAUGACAACAGUCGGGUACGGGGACAUGUGCCCGGUCACCAUUGGUGGGAAGAUCGUGGGCUCUCUUUGCGCCAUCGCUGGAGUGUUAACCAUCGCUUUGCCUGUCCCCGUCAUCGUCUCCAACUUUAACUACUUCUACCAUCGCGAGACGGAGCACGAGGAGCAGUUCCAGUACACACACGUGACCUGUGGACAGCAGCAGCCAUCGUUCGGGGAAUUCAAGAAGAGCGACAGCAAACCGAGUCUGUCCAAGUCCGAGUACCUGGACAGCGAGGAUGCGGACUCCAUCAAGUACACCAACUGCAGCCCGCACAAAGCCUACACCGGGAAGCUCACUGACGUCUGAAGGAACCGCAUCAGUGGCAAGCUGAGGUGGUCUCUCAGCGCCACAUCUCUCGCUCUGCUUUGAGCUCCUUAUUUCUGCCAUCUUCAGGAUUCAUUUCAGACAAAGAGGAUGGAUGAGCCGAGUUUUUCCACCUCAAACUGUCUUCCAUUAUGCACCAUGAGCAGGAGAAGCUUCAGAAUGAUCAGCCUGUAGCAGCUGUAGCACUUUAUUGAUAUCAUUAGUAGUGUUUCUCUUAGUAAUUUAUUGCCCUAAUGAUGCAGGUUUAAAGUUUACAUUUGCUUUUCUGGGACACAACACAGGACCAAUUCAAUCCAAAUUUACUCUCUGAUGCAGGAGGCUGUCUUUGCUAUGGUCCCACUCACGCUUGUUAUUUCACCCUCAUAUAUUUUCCACUCAGGCU